CUUUAUAUGUUUCAAGUCCGUUAAGGCAUAGCUUUAUCUGCUAUCUUCUAUCUACCUACUUAUGAACUUGAGAUAAAGAAUAUGAAGGAAUUAGUUCACCAAUCAUAUAGGAAAGCAUCCUUAUUGUGAAGAGUCUUUAAAAGUCAAGUCAAAAGUUCUAAUAAUUUAUGUAAUCGAGCAUCGCGUUCAAUUGAUCCAACAUUAGCCGGAAAGGAAGUUUGUGCUUCAAUUACUCUUUUCGUACAGUCCGAUUGCGCCAUCGAUCCGACCAAAGUCGGCAGCGUCUAAGGCGGGGAAUUGCAUUGCAUUGACACGGUAUCACAAUUUCAAUUUCAAUGCCCAAACGGCUCAAACUCCAUAACAUACAUACCUCAUACAUACAUACAUACAAACAAAAACUUUACUUAGACUAAGUUUAUUAAGACCGCCCCAAUCAUGAGAAACGUCCUGAUUGAAAACCCCUCAGGCACCCCCGUGGCUGAGAUGGCUACGAAUAGUGGUUUGGCGGGACACAAGAUCCUGCUAAUCGUGCCCUGGGACCCUCCCGCGGGAUACGUCGAUGGCUUGCGCAAGACCUAUCCCGGCCUCAAGGUAUUCCAUAUUCGUUGGGAUAGAUGGAGCAAGCCCGACCUCCCACCCAAUAUUACGCCUGAGGAUUGGAAAACAGUCACUAUCCUUCUCAUUGGCCCUCAGUUCCCUACUAGAGAACAGGCGCCUGCGCUGCAGCUGGUACAACUUCAGAGCGCCGGGGCAAAUUAUAUAUUAAACAAUCCUCUGUUCACCGAGACUGAUAUUGCUUUUUGCACUGCCAAUGGCGUUCAUCCACCGCAAAUCGCAGAAUGGGUCAUAAGCACAUACCUCGCUUUCCAGCAUAAUAUCCCGCAUUUCCUCGAACAUCAGAAAGCGCACAGGUGGGAGCAUAGUUAUGACGACUCGGACACCCAAGAUGCUGUCAACCAACGGGUCGGCAUAUUUGGAUACGGAAGUAUCGGAAGACAGGUGGCACGAAUAGCCAAAGCUAUUGGCAUGGAAGUGUAUGCGUACACGAACAGACCUAGGCCUACGCCCGAGUCUCGUCGCGACAACUCAUACAUCGUCCCGGGCCUCGGCGACCCAGAAGGAUCUCUCCCGUCAAAAUGGUUCUCGGGGACGAAGCCAGAAGAAAUCCACGAGUUCCUCUCCGCGGACCUGGACCUCCUCGUGCUAGCCGUGCCCCUAACGCCCCAGACACAGGGGCUUAUCGCAGCGCCGCAGCUCAAGCUCCUCCAGAAGAAACACACCUUCGUCAGCAACAUCGGCCGGGGCCCUGUCGUCAACACGGACGACCUGGUCAUCGCGCUCAACGAAGAAUGGAUCCGCGGCGCCGCCCUCGACGUCACGGACCCGGAGCCCCUGCCGAAGGGCCACCCGCUCUGGGACGCCAAAAACGUCAUCAUCACGCCUCACAUCAGCGGUAAGUCGACGAGCUAUAACCGCCGCCUGCUGGAUAUCCUAGACAUUAAUCUUCGUAACUUGAGCGAGGGUAAGGAGUUUAUGAACCGGGUGAGCAAGAAGAGGGGUUAUUAGACUCGGUGUUUGAUUGGGAUUUGGGGUGGAGGAUAUGCUUCCGGCCUUUCCGUUGGUGAAGGAAAAAAGGAAAUUAGGGGUGAUUGAAAAGUCAAAGUCGUUAAUUGUAUCAAUUACAUAUUUUACACAUUUAUCUUUGUCCUGUAUAGUUCCUUAUAGAUAUGUCAGGGUCUAUUAUAUAUUUGGAUAUACACCCUCUCU